GAAAAUCCAUUUGAGUUUUACGACUCACUCAAGAAGUUUUUGCUUAAAGUCAAACUGGAGUGCGGUUUCGAUUCACUUAUCUUUGAUUUGUUAACAGCGAUACUACUGUUUAACCCCAGCCUACCUGACUUAACGCACAGGGAUGUUAUCAAGUUCCAGCAGAAAUUGUACUUAUAUUUACUGAAACGCUAUCUAAUGAUAAAGUAUGACCAGCCGGACAGCGAUGUGAAAUGCGCCAAAAUAUUGAGUAUAAUCAAUGAUUUGCAUGUAUUGGCACAUUUGCACCGGCAGAUCACCGCACAGAGAGAUCCCAAACAAAUAGGACCUCUACUACAAGAGGUCUAUUCAAUCAAAUGAUUUUGAUAACCAAAUUAUUUUUCAAUUAUUAAUCAGU